AUGGCUGUGUCUAAAGGUGGGACGGGAACGUGGAACCUGGGACUUGGGACCUGGGACCUGGGACGUGAGACCUGGGAAGUGGGAGCUGGGUCGUGGGAGUCUCCGAGCCCCACGUCUCCGAGUCCCACGUCUCCGAGUCCUACGUCUCCGAGUCCCACGUCUUCGAGUCACACGUCCCAGUCCCCACGUCCCCGUCCCACUUUUAGUCACAGCCUGUUGCGAGUUGACCUUGAAAACACUGUCUCGAAGCAGAUCACUGUGAAAAACGUACCUUUUGCUGUCAAUGAGUGUUUUCCAGUUGAUGCUUACAUUGCAGAUACAAAAAAUAAUUGGUCCAUUACUGACAAGGUACACAGAAAGUGGAAAGACAUGUACAACGGAUCUACAAAACCUGAAGGUAACUGGUGUGUGGAAAAGGCAUCUGAAUGCAAAACAUGUGACAAGUGUUUUACACAAAAGGAACAUCCACAAGUACAUGAAAGAUGCCACACUGGAGAGAGACCAUACCACUGCAAAACUUGUGACAAAUGGUUGAUUCAAAAAAGAGAUCUACAAGUCCAUGAGAAAAACCACACUGUAGUGAAGCCAUACCAGUGCAAAUCUUGUGACAAGAGGUUUACUCAGAAAGGAAAUCUAGAAGCACAUGAGAGAUUCCACACUGGAGAAAAGCCAUACCAGUGCAAAACAUGUGACAAGUGGUUUACACUAAAAGGAAAUCUACGAGUACACGAAAGAACCCACUCUGGAGAGAAGCCAUACCAGUGCAACUCUUGUGACAAGCGGUUUGCUCAUAAAGGAAAUCUAACAGUACAUGAAAGAACCCACACAGGAGAGAAGCCAUACCAGUGCAAAACAUGUGAUAAGUCGUUUAAUCUAAGAAGAGAUUUACGAGUCCAUGAGAGAUUCCACACUGGAGAGAAGCCACACCAGUGUAAAAAUUGUGACAAGUGUUUUACUCGAAAAGAAAUUCUAAAAUUACAUGAAAGAUCACACACUGGAGUGAAGCCAUACAAGUGUAAAACGUGUGACAGGCGUUUUGCUCGAAACGGAAAUCUUCAAGUCCAUGAAAGAACUCACACUGGAGAGAAGCCAUACCAGUGCAAAACUUGUGACAAGUGGUUUGCUCAAAAGAGAAACCUACAGGUGCAUGAAAGAUCCCACACGGGAGAGAAGCCAUACCAGUGCAAAACUUGUGACAAGUGGUUUUCACGAAAAGGAAAUCUAACAGUACAUGAAAGAUCCCACACUGGAGAGAAGCCAUUCCAGUGCAAAACAUGUGACAAGUGGUUUGCUCAAAAAAGCGACGUACAGGUGCAUGAAAGAUCCCACACUGGAGAGAAGCCAUACCAGUGCAAAACUUGUGACAAGAGGUUUGCUCAAAAAGGAAAUCUAACAGUACAUGAAAGAUCCCACACUGGAGAGAAGCCAUUCCAGUGCAAAACAUGUGACAUGUGGUUUAGUCAUAAAACAACUCUGAGAGGAGAGAAGCCAUACCAGUGCAAAACAUGUGACAAGUGGUUUACGCAAAAGGCAAGUCUACUGAUACACAAAAGAACCCACGUAGGAGAGAAGCCAAAUCAGUGUGAAUCUCGUGACAAGUUGUGUACCAAUAAUACUGAUACACAAACUCAUGAAAGAUCGUACACAGGAGAGAAGCCAUACCAGUGCAAAACGUGUGAGAGGUGUUUUACUCGAAAGGGAAGUCUACGAAAACAUGAAAGACUGCACUCUGAAUAG